CUGCGCGUUGCGUCAGUGAGCGUAUCCCGGAAGUGUCUGUUCAGUUGUCAAGUUUGCUGCAAACUUGCAACUUGCAGAGUCCUUGCUGAAUCCUUCCAGAAAACUUGCCAAAACGAGCUCGUCUUAAAGAUGUCAUCUCCACAGCCAUUCUCAGACAACCAGCACAGGCGAGUGUCCUCCAAGUCCAACCCUGGGUUUUUGGAGCGGCUCAGUGAGACAGCAGGAGGGACACUGGUUGGUGUUGGGAUGUUCUUCCUGUCCAUUUAUAUUCUAUUUACUAAUGAGGGCCGAGCGUUGCAGACAAAAUUAUCUCUGGAUGAGGGACUAGCCCAGGUUGUAUCUUUAGAUUCUUACUUUGGCCUUGAUCCACAAAACGACAACCGUUUAGUUCAUCUGUCGGCAAAGCUUCACACAGUUCAGCCUCUUCAUGACCCAAACUACAGAGUAGUGGUACAGGCUGUAAAGCUGAAAAGAGAGGUUGAGAUGUAUCAGUGGGUGGAGUAUUCAGAAAGCAGAGACUACCAAGAAAAUGGUGAAACCAAAACUGAAACGACCUACACAUACAAUACUGAAUGGAAAUCAGAAUUGGUGAAUAGUCGUCAUUUUGACAAGGAAAUUGGUCACCAGAAUCCAAGUGCUAUGGCUGUUGAGAGUGUGACAGUGGUAGCUCCUGAAGUCAGAACUGGACCUUUCAUUUUGUCGAGAGGACUCAUUGACAAAAUUAACAACUUCCAGACACUGAGUUUGCGGGAUUUUAAUGCCAUAAAUUUAGAUCCUUUCCUCACCAUUCAUGACGAUUACUUCUACCACACUCAGUAUCCACACAGACCAGAAGUUGGUGAUGUGCGGGUGAGAUUUUCCUAUGCUGGUCUGAGUGGAGAGCAGUCUUGGCUUGGGACACCUCAAACUGUGAGUGUUGUCGCAAUGCAAAGAGGAGAGCAGCUGAUGCCAUUCAAAACUAAAUCGGGUGACAUUUUGGAGCUUUUGCACUUGGAAAACCUGUCUGCGGAGGAGAUUUUUGACAAGGAGCACCAGUUCAACAGCCUUAAGACUUGGGGGUUGAGAGUGGCCGGUUGGGCUCUCAUGUGUUUGGGAAUUCAGCUUGCAAUGCGCAUCAUCUACACCCUAGUGGACUGGCUUCCUAUCCUGAGAGAGCUGGUAUCUGUGGGCAUUAAAAUUUUUGCUCUAUGUGUAUCCUGCUCCCUUUCCCUCCUCGUCAUUGGUGUUGGUUGGUUGGCUUACCGCCCCCUGGUGGCUUUUUCCUUGGCAGCAAUAGGGUUGAUUCCAUUGUUUAUUGCUCGCUCAGGAUUUCCAGCAAAGAAAGAUGAAUGACUACUGAACUGAAUGUAGUUGUGUGUAAAUAUCUGCCCUUUGUAACCGGGAUGUUUACAUUAUACUCUGCAAAACAGAGGACUUCCUGAAAUGUUGUUACACUCAACAUUCUUGUCAUUACCCCAAGAAUCCACUUUUGUUCCUGACAAUAUACAUACCUCACGUUUGCCAAAUUGGUAUGCAUUUAUUAGAUGCAUUACUAUCCUGCAAUAUAUCUGGUGGUUUGUGAGGUUUUUACGAAGCUUUGAGAUUGUUUUUGAAAAUGCCAAAGAAAUUGGUUUAUGCACUGAUGGCAAACCCUUAUUGCACUGUUUGAUACAUGAAAGAAGAAAUAGGGAUUGUACUGAUGUGUGCAUAAUAAAGUUAUGUAAAGUGUUGUAUUUUACCGCU